CCUCGGAUGCGCCAUUUCCCAAGGGAGGGCCGAGUUCUCCGGCCUGGCGGUGCGGGCACCGCUCGGCUGCGGCUCUGGGCAGAACCCCUUCACGUGGAUGGCGAUCGCCUCAGCUCGCCGACUGCCUGUCUUGUCUCAGAGACGAGGCGACAGAACGCACACCCCGCCCCCAUCGGUGCCCCGGCGCUGUCGCCCCAGUCACCUUCCUUUGCCCUUCUCCGACAGCACCACGGACUUGCUCGCUCUUGCUCUCAGGACAAACUGAGGAAACAAGCUUGGUUCCCCGAGCAGGCGGGGACUGUGGAGACGCUACCAGAAUCCUCAACAGCUUGGAAAUCCGAUCACCUUGGCUCCCUGAGACUUGGAGGUACUCAGAACAGAACCCUAUUCUGUGGGAAGCUGGUAUCCAAGAAGCAAGGAAACAGAAGAGAAACCUGAAGGAAAGGACACAGGAAGAUCUAAUUAAGUCCUGUAGGAACUGACAGCUGGCUGACAGAAAAACUCAUCCAGGGAGAGAAAAGGCAUAAGUGAAGUAUGAAGUUUUGAAUAACGUUUUCAGCUCUUUUCAGAUGCUUUGCAUUCAGAAUAGACCUCUGGUGGGAUCCAAGCUGUCAACCAAUCCUAUAUUCCUAAGGUCUCAAAUUGCAGGUAUUGAUUCUGACUUUUGAAGAUGGAUGAAGGUGUAGAAAUUUCAAGUGAUGGUAAUUCCCUCAUCAAAGCAGUCCAUCAGAGCCGGCUUCGCCUCACAAGACUCUUGCUAGAAGGUGGUGCCUACAUUAACGAGAGCAAUGACCGUGGGGAAACACCUUUAAUGAUCGCUUGUAAGACCAAACAUGUUGAUCACCAGAGUGUCAGUAAAGCCAAAAUGGUUAAAUACCUAUUAGAAAACAAUGCUGACCCCAACAUACAGGACAAAUCUGGAAAAACUGCUUUGAUGCACGCUUGCUUAGAAAAAGCUGGUCCUGAAGUUGUUUCCCUGCUCCUAAACAAUGGGGCUGAUCUCAGUCUGCAAGACCAUUCUAGUUAUUCAGCCCUUGUUUAUGCUAUAAAUUCAGAGGAUAGAGAAACCCUGAAAGUUCUACUUAGCGCUUGCAAGGCAAAAGGGAAAGAGGUCAUUAUCAUAACGACAGCGAAAUCCCCCUCUGGUAGGCACACUACCAAACAGUACUUAAAUAUGCCUCCUGUAGAUAUAGAUGGGGGUCAUUCCCCAGCCGCCUGUGCCACGCCUUCAGAAAUAGACAUAAAAACAGCCUCAUUGCCACUUACACAUUGUUCUGAAACUGAAACGACCUUUUUUGGCCUUAAAGGUCUGGAACUCUCAGGAAGUAGUGAUGAUACACAGGACCCAGGCUCCCCUGUGAGGAAGCCUGCUGUGGCCUCUAAUGGGCCCAAGCUACCCCAACCUCCAACCUGGAUCAAGAGUCCUCCCUUACUAAUGCACCAAAACAGGGUGGCCUCCUUGCAAGAGGAGCUCCAGGAUAUUACUCCAGAGGAAGAAUUAGCCUACAAAACCAAUGGGGUGGCACUUUCCAAGCGCUUCAUCACUAGGCACCAAAGUAUUGAUGUAAAAGACACGGCACAUUUAUUAAGAGCCUUUGAUCAGGCCAGCUCACGAAAGAUGUCAUUCGAUGAAAUAAAUCAUCAGGCAUUUUUUUCAGAAGGAAGCCAGCAAUGCACUGAAAUCCCUGCUGACCCAGAUCCAGACUCUAACCAGACAAUCUUUGCUUCCACCUUAAGAAGUAUAGUUCAAAAAAGAAACUCAGGGGCAAAUCACUACAGCUCUGAUUCCCAGCUCUCCGCUGGUCUUACCCCUACAACUUUAGAAGAUGGCAAAGCACUUAUAGGAAAGAAAAAGGUCUUCUCGCCAUCUCCUUCCUUGCUGUCAGGGCCUAGAGAAUUGCUGGAGAAUAUCUCACCAGGUCCCUUGAGCAGGAGAAAUCAUGCACUUUUAGAAAGGCGUGGGUCAGGAGCUUUCUCUUUAGAUCACAAUAUUACUCAAGCCAGACCAGGAUUUCUGCCACCCUUAAAUGUGAAUCCUCACCCUCCCAUUUCAGAUAUCAACACCAAUAAUAAGAUUUCCAGCCUCCUUUCUUGUGGUCAAAAAGUGCUUAUGCCAACAGUUCCUAUGUUCCCUAAAGAAUUCAAAAGCAAAAAAAUGUUGUUAAGGAGACAAUCAUUGCAAACAGAACAAAUUAAGCAGUUAGUAAAUUUUUAAGAGAUGCCUAGAAAGCACAUUUUGUUCAGUUGUCUACAUCAGAGAAAUAUAGAACCAGAGAAGAAAUCUCAAAUGUUCAUCCUUUUAAAUCUUGUAAUUGGUUAGUCCAUCAUUGUUAGGGGCAUCAAAAUAUACUGCAUAUCGUCCUAGGCACUGUGGACAUACAAAUAAUAUGUAGUUUCUACUAAGGAAAUUUAAACAAAAUUAAAGCUAUAUUUCUCAAAAUUUCUAAUAUAUAACAACCUUCAUGUGGCCCAAGUUUUUAAUUUAAACAAAAAUCAGUAAAAAAAAGAAGGUCAAAUAUGUUGGAGAUGACUUUGAAAUUUUUUUCAGAUUUUUCAAGUAUUUUAUUAGGAAACACUGCAUUCAAGUCAAUAAACGUUUUUAACAUUACAAGUCAAUAAAUGAUUGUAAUUUUCCGAGAUGCCAAAAGCAUUAAAAAAAAAAACAAACCAUGAAAGUGUUCUAUGAUCAAUAAGCCUGUACGGUAUAA